AUGAUGGUUCUUAUAUCUGGCAUAACGGUGGUAGCAAAGGGAAACGCAAAACCAAUCACGAAAGACGGUGUGGAGUAUCUACAAGCUGAGAAGGCUAUAACCAAAAUAAGAAUUACACACGCACAAAUUGUAAUUGACGAUACGGAGCGACCAGUUGCUGCUACAUCCGCGGCAGCAUUCUUCAACGCCAGUCCCAAUAUUGUAUUGGACAUCCUAAACCCUCUCAUAGAAGAAAGUAGCGCGGCCAUCAUCAAAGCAUUUAUCAACAAAAUAUUGGGCACUAUCCCCUUAAAAGAGAUCUUCGUAGAAGACGCCUAG